AUGGCUGAACCCCAAGAUCCCAAGGACGCCAAGUCCAAACCCAGAGUCGUAGUCGACAUCCACACCCACAUGUACCCGCCCGAGUACAUCUCGAUGCUCGCCUCGCGCACCACGCUCCCCCUCGUGCGCAGCUUCCCCUCCACAGGGACCUCGCCCGACCCGGACCCGCGCCUCAUCCUCCUCGAGGCCGAGCUCCCAGCCCUCGAGAAGGCCCUGGGCGACCCCACCGCCCCGGCCCCCGGCCGCCCCCUGACCAAGCACUUCACCUCGGUCGCGGAGAAGCUGCGCUUCAUGCGCACCCACCACAUCGACAUCUCCGUGCUCUCCCUCGCCAACCCCUGGCUGGACUUCCUGCCGCCGUCCACGGCCGCCGCCGUCGCGUGGCAGAUCAACGCCUCGUUCGAGGCCAUGUGCGCCGCCCACCCGGGCAAGCUGACGUGCUCGCCUGCAUCGCCCACAUCCGCACCGCCCUCCCGCACUGCCGCGGCGUCAUCAUGGGCACGUCCGGCCUGA